GGAGAGAGUUUACUUUGUCAGAGGUUUUAGUUGUCCACACUGUUAGGAGCAGCACUUCAGGACCAAAAUCGAUCAGCAUAAGGAUUUUAAUCGGAGAGGGCUGGGAGAACAGCUGGUGAAGUCUCACUUUUCCUAAACUGUCGAGUAGUUCUCAUAUGGAUUAUGCUAUGAGGUCUCUCAGCCUUUUCACGCCAUCCAACCUCUCCAAGUGUGUAACAGCGAGCGUGUCAGCCAGCGCUUCCAUGACCCAGCAGCUCCUGUCGGGUCGAGUUCCUCGGCCAAAGCCCUUCAGAGUCACAAACGCCGAUCGCAGCGUGAAAAAGGGUAUAAUGGCAGACACGCUAGAGGACCUGACAAAUAAGGGCAGUGACUCAUUGAGCAUACAGUGCAUCAGUGCGUUGGUGCUCGAUGAAGAUGGCACCGGUGUGGACACAGAGGAAUUCUUUCAAACGCUCCCAGAAAAUGCGGUUCUAAUGGCUCUGGAGACGGGACAGAAGUGGACCCCACAUCUUUACAGCAUCUCCAGAGAUCACCUCGGUGUCUGCAGGCAGCAGCAGCGGAGAGAUGUGGCCAAGCUAACCUUUGACCUCUACAAGAACAACCCCAAGGAUUUCAUUGGCUGCCUGAAUGUGAAGGCAACGCUGUAUGGUGUUUAUACUGUGUCCUAUGACCUGCGCUGUUAUGCUGCCAAAAAGAUGCUAAAGGAGGCUCUGCGAUGGACCAUCUUCUCCAUGCAGGCCACAGGCCACAUCCUGCUGGGCUCUUCCUGCUACAUCGAGCAGCUGCUGGAGGAAGAGGAGGAGCGAGCAGAGAAGAGCCUGCCGCUGCCACAGGAAAGCAGGAUCAGGCAGCUGCAGAACAUGCUGCUGGGAAAGAUUUCUUACUUAUGAUAGACUGACAGUGGUGAGGUUGAUCUCUUAUCCACUCUUAGAUGUAGGUCAGUGUAUUUGUCACAGAUGAAACAUGCGGUCUGUUUCUUCAGCUCAUAGUUUCCAAUGUAGUUUGGCAGGAUGUUAUAAAUUCAGCAGUCUCUUCUCAUUGUUCCUGUUUUUUUGUUUUUGUUUUUUGCUGUUACACUUGUCUGCCUGUAUGUAUAAAGCAAUGCCACAAUUUAUUUCUCUUAAAUCACUUUUACUCACUGCUGUGCAACUUUUUCCUAUGAUAUAAUAAAUAAAAAUAACAGUUUUUAUUUUCCCAA